AUGAGGAAGAAGAGACCUUGCCCAACAGCAAAGCCAAAGCCAGGAGCACAUGUGGUGGCCCUGAGUUCACGUGAGGUGGACCUACAGGAGAUGUUCAAUGAGAAAGUUCAGAGCAGGUGGCACAGAGGGGCAACAGGGAGCAGCAAGCAGGAAUGGAUUUCCCCAGGUUUGCAGAGCCCGCGUGACCCGUCAGUACAAAGUUCCCCCUCCAGUGCUAAUGUGGUUUUGCUGGCAGUGGCUCAUGUAAGAAAAAAAAUGGACUUUUCGAACGCUUCUCCAGAGAGCCACUGCAUUUCAGAACUACUCGACAGCAGUGAUGGUGAGGAAGAAGAGAUACUGAUGUAUGGAGAGGAUUUAGAGCUCAAUCCUUUCGACGGCUUGCCUUACUCUUCCCGUUACUAUAAGCUUAUGAAAGAAAGACAAGAGCUGCCAGUAUGGAAGGUGAGAUGUGCCUUUAUGGAAAGUUUGCUUCAUCAUCAAAUCGUGAUUGUGUCAGGAGAUGCGAAGACUGGAAAGAGCUCCCAGGUCCCGCAGUGGUGUGCUGAGCACUGCCUGGCUGCUGGCUGCAGGCAUGGUGCAGCAGUGUGCUCCCAGGCACGCGGGCAGGUGGCGGUGAGGCUGGCCCUGCGUGCAGCUGAUGAGAUGGAUGUCAACAUCGGCCACGAAGUGGGGUACUUUGUCCCCUUCGAGAGCUGCUGCACAACGGAAACCAUCCUCAGAUACUGCACAGAUGAUAUGCUGCAGAGGGAAAUGAUGUCUGCUCCUCUUCUGAACUCUUAUGGAGUUAUCAUUCUGGAUGAUGUGCAUGAAAGAACUGUUCCCACUGAUGUGCUGCUUGGUGUUCUUAAACAUGUCUUGAGAGCGAGACCAGCCCUCAGGCUGGUGAUACUCACUGCCCCCCACAUGUCCAGCAAGCUGCAGGACUUCUGUGGCAGCGUCCCCCUCAUCCGGGUGGAAAAUGAGCACCAGGCAGAGGUGGUGUACACCUGCAGCAUGCCAAAGGACCAUUUUCUGUCUGCACUGAGGCUGCUCUUUGAGCUACACCAUACGAAGGAGAAGGGUGACAUCGUCAUCUUCCUGGCAUGCGAACAAGACAUCGAUAAAGCCUACCAAAUGAUCAGACAGGAACAGUCCAAUUCAAAUCCUGACCUCGGAGAGCUCAUCCCAGUUCCUUUAUACCCCACAAGAAACGACUUAAUUCCCAAACCAAACCAAGACAAACAGAAAUGCUACCAGAAAUACAGAAGAAAAGUGCUACUUACCACAAGCUCUGGAGGAUCUUUGAUUCGGAUUAAGAACAUAACAUUUGUCAUUGACGUUGGUGUGGAAAGAAGAAAGGUGUACAAUCCCAGAAUCAGAGCAGACUCAGUUACAACACAGCCAAUCAGCAAAGCCCAGGCAGAGAUGCACAAACAAAUUCUGAGCACGUCUCCAUCAGGGAAACUCUUCUGUUUGUAUCCUGAAGAAUUUACGUACAAAGAAAUGAAACCAGAUUUCCCAGCCAAAAUACAGGAAUCCAACCUAACCAGCAUGGUGCUCUUCCUGAAGAGGAUGGAUAUAGCUGGCUUCAGACACUGUGAAUUCCUAAGCAGGCCAGCUCCUGAAAGCCUGAUGCAAGCUUUGGAGGACCUCGAUUACCUAGCAGCCCUGGAUAACGACGGAAACCUCUCUGAAUUUGGAAUCAUUAUGUCAGAAUUUCCCCUGGAUCCACAGCUGUCAAAAUCAAUUCUGGCUUCUUGUGAAUUUGAGUGUGUUGAUGAAAUGCUCACCAUUGCAGCCAUGGUAACAGCUCCCAAUUGCUUCCUGCACACACCUUCUGGGACAGAGGAGAUUGCUCUUACUUGCUGGAGAAAAUUCUCACACCCUGCGGGAGAUCACUUCACUCUCAUCAAUGUCUUCAAUGCCUUCAGGGAAGCCAGCACAAACUCUGCAGGCCAGUGCUGCAGUAAUGAAAAAUGGUGCCGUAAUUAUUUUCUAAGCUGUUCUGCACUGAGGAUGGCAGAAAUGAUCAGAGCUGAACUAGUAGAGAUUAUGAAGCGCAUUGAACUUCCCAUUUCAGCACCAGACUUUGGAUCACCAGAAAAUACACUGAGCAUUAAGAAAGCUCUCUUAUCUGGCUACUUUAUGCAAAUUGCUCGUGAUGUAGAUGGUUCAGGUAACUACUUAAUGCUAACGCACAGACAAGUAGCCAAGCUUCAUCCUUUUUCAUCAUAUUAUAACACCAGGAGGAGUCCUGAGUGGGUUUUGUUCCACGAGUUCAGCAUCUCAGAAGACAAUUCCAUCAGAGUGGUCUCUGAAAUAUCACCCCAUCUGUUCGUAGAGUUGGCACCUCAGUAUUACUUUAGCAAUCUUCCUCCUAGUGAAAGUAAGGAUAUUCUGCAGGAAGUGAUCGAUCAGCUGUCACCCGUUUCAACCACCAAGGAGAAACAGAAAGCUAACAGUGACAACAAAGAAAAUGAAAAAUACCCCCAAGCUCCCACUGAGCAGAGAUGUAUUAUCCAGUGAUUUUAGAUUGAAAUAUCAUACAUUCAAUAAAUAUGAAUAGAAACACUACAUGCUGUAUGCACUCCCACCUUAACUCAGGUAAUUAUUUUGAACUUCCAG